ACAAGAAAAUGUGAAAUCCUUUGGCGCGUCAUUGAUCGUAGGUGGACAAACCAACUCCACCAACCGAUACAUGCCUUCGCCUACUUUUUGAACCCGAAAUUCUACUUCUCUGAUUCAUUUAGGGUUGAUGAGGAGGUCAUGGCAGGUGUUAUUACAUGCAUUGAUAAGAUGACACCUGAUCCUGAGUUGAGAGACAAGGUUCUUGAUGAGUUGGAGAUCUACAAAAGUGCAGAGGGGAGACUCUUCUCAUCACAACUAGCAAUUGAUAGGAGAGGAAAACAACAACCAGAUUUAUGGUGGGAGAAUUAUGGUGCCGGCACGCCUAAUCUUCAAAAGAUAGCUAUCCAUGUUUUGUCUCAGCCAUGCAGUGCUUCUGGGUGUGAACGAAAUUGGAGUGUCUUUGAGAGCAUUCACACAAAGAAGAGAAAUAGAUUGUCACAAAAGCGGCUCAAUGAUCUAGUAUUUGUUCGGUACAACCUUCGCCUUCGAGUUAGACAGGUGGAGGGUGUUUCACAUGAGGCCAUUGACUUGGAUGAAAUUGAUCCAUAUGGUGAUUGGACCAUGAAUGAACAAAAUGAUGGUGAUGAUGUCCUCCUUACCGAAGAAGAAAUUACAGAAAUAGAGAGAGGAGCAGCACAAGAUGCAGAAGGAGCAAGAUUGGAUGAAAUGGAGGAUGAAGAUGAGGACGAAGAUGAGGAUGAUGAUGAGGACUUUGACUUUGAAGAAGAAUCAUUUCACCAUUUAGAUACCACAACACCCACUGCUACUACUUCUAGCUCAAGGCCUGAAAAAUUGAGCUAUAUUAGGAAAAAUACAAAGAGGAAGAUGUAGUCUUCUCUUUGGUUUGUUCAUUCACAUUGUUGUUUUUCACAUUUGGAGUUGGACUUGGACAUAUCAUUAUAUGUAAUUUUGUGAACAUUUAUAUACUUAUGCUGCCAUUAUACAUUUUAGAGUUGAAAGUUGAAACUUGAAUAUGCUGCCAUGAAUGAUGAAAUUUCAAAUAUUGCGUGUUUGUAGAUCA